CAAAAUGGCAGCCCCGGCGGCUGGCAGUCAUGUCGGAGAGGGCGCCCGGGCGCCCCUCCGCCGCCGCCGCCCGGCCCCGCCGCCGCAGUGCCGGCGGGAAGGCCCCCUCCGCCAACGCCUCAUGUCGCACUUCCACACACCGCCGCUCCCCUUGGGCCUGCCAGAACCGAGAGCCGGCGGCGGGGCGGGCCGGGGCGGCGGGGCUCCCCUCACGGCCCGGCGGGGCGGGCAAGGCCGCCGCCCGCGCCCGACGGUUCCCUUCGCCGCAGCUGAAGAGGAGGAGGAGGAGGAGGAGGAAGAGGAGAAGGGGGGGGGGGAGAAAAAAAACAUGGCGCCGCGUCCUACUUGCGGUGUGGCGCUGCCAGCGCGGGGCCGGGAGCGGCGCGGGGAGGGCGCUCGCCCGCCGGCCCCGCUCGCCUCAUUGUGCCCCCCGUGCCCGAACAAUGAGCCCCCGCGGGCCGCGCAGGGCCGGGCCGGGCCAGGCCGCACCUCACCGCCCGCCGGGCACGGCGGCGUGUGCCGCGGCGGUAGCCCUCCCCCCUCUCCCCGUCGUCCUCCUCCUCCUCCUCCUCGCCCAGGAGUUUUUAAACUUUAAAGAGCAGGUUACAUCGACCUGCCCGCCUUUGUCCCUCGGACACCGCGCUUGGCCACCGAAAAGCCGCGGGACCGCGUCCCGCCGCCUUGCCUCCGCCCUCCCCCCAGCGCCCCCGGAGAGCAUCUGGAGAGAGGGAGAGAGAGAGAAAGGGCGCGUUCAUGAGGACUACAAAGUUACAAAUAUGGCUCCCCAGUCUCUCUUGCCUGAUCACUGCAAAGAAAUGAAGACGCACUUUAAACUAAACCAUUUGCAACUCACUCGCAGUCCCUGUCUGCCUCUCCCUGCCCAGCACCCAGUACAAAUAUUUGCGAACUAAACACGCCAAGAGAGGAGCACCAACUUAUUUUUAUUUAAUGCACGGCGAGCCCCCCCGAAGGCAUCGCACACCGGCAGAGUCAGGAGCAGCCUCUAGUUUCUCCCCCAGACCACAACGCGUGCGCCUUCGGGCACCCCCAAAUUGGGGUGCACAGCCACACACACACACACACAGGUAGGCACCUCAAGGGCAGCAGCGGC